UGACGUCCGAGUUCCAAUUCGGGGACAACAUUUUGCGAGUACCUAAGUACCGCGUCGCCUUCUUCCCACAGAACAGCGACCAUGUCCCUACCCAUCCGCCGCCAUGCCCUCCGACCUCUCCAACAGCGGUGCACCACCACCAUACGCCCGCACACCAUCCGACACAUAACAACACAGAAGGAAACCAGGCGGGAGAAGGAGUCUGUGUCGCCGCAGACGCUGAGGGAAAGGGCUCAGGUCGAAGAUCCGAAAUUGUUUGAAAAAAGCGAUUUUGGCAUGUUGCCUGGGACUUUUAUUCGAGCAUGGGAUACCACGCCGCCCUUACUCCCGCGACCGCUGUACCCGUUAGAUGCAGGUCGGAUUAAACGCGCGCUGGCUGAUCGAUGGAAGUACGAGAAGACGUGGUUGAAGGCGAGGAUUAGAGAUACCUUCGUCAUGUUCAACUACAAAUUCCGAGUCCGACGCGGUCCGCGGCUCAAGGGCGUCUUCUGGCACGCCAGAGUGCAAGGAAGAGCCGAUGAGCUUUAUGAAAAGCUGUACUAUGCGUUUGCGAGCAAAGACACCGACCCCAUCAAAGACCUCUGCACAGAAGGCCUCCUGAAAAACAUCACCGACCGCAUCGCAGGCCGCCCCGAGGGGGUGAACAUGACCUGGCGCAUCCUCGCCCGCCACGGCUGGCCCUGGUCCCGCGUCGUCUCCAACCGCUUCGGCUAUCUGCCCGUGACGGGCGCCGACGAUAAGGAUCACCCGUAUGUGAUCCGCCAGUUGGUGCUAAGAAAGAGCACGCGCCAGGUGCUCAGGAUUGAGCGGCAGCGGCAGCCGGACCACCGCGCGCGAGUCACGGGUUCGUCGGGGACGACUUUGCAACGGAAGAGGCGGUUGCUGUGGUCGCCGGAUGGCGACCAGCCUGGAGCGCGGGGGAGAGUAAUGGAGGAGGAGGAGGAGUGGGACGAGGAGGUGAAGGGCGAAGAGAGGCAUGAUAAGAACGUCGUCGAAUACCUCGUGCUGCAGCAGGUCAUGGUUCGUGGCGAGCUGAAGGACUGGCGGCUAUGGGGCUUUGCGGAUAAGACGACUGUGCAAAGUAUAGAAGAGAAUGAGACGAAGGAAGAGGAGCUGGCUGCCUUGCAAACCAGAUAGUCACCUUUGAGGGGUUGGUCGCCGAGAACAUAGGUCUGAAGGAGGGCAAGUGGAACUUUAGGGAUCGAUGUAUGAAUAUAGAGAGUAAAAUGUACGCAGCCCUCUGCAAGUGGGCCCCAUAAUCAGGAAGGGCU